AGAGUUUUUUUGUACAUUCGUGUUAUUAAUUAAAUUUUAUAAUAAAAUUAAGAAAAUGGAAAAUUUAUUAUUCCAUGAUAUACACGAAACACCACAUACAGAAUUCAUAACUGUUAAAAAUGAAAUAUUAGAAGACUUUGAAAGAAGCAGUGCUUUUACAGUUGAAGAAACACAAAAUAGCAGGAAUGAUAUUAGCAUGGAAGGUGAACCAAUUCUUAAAACCGAGAAACAUUUAUCUUUGAUCAACCACGAAAAUAUUAAAACUGAAAAACAAUUAAAAACAGAAUUUAUAAUAAUUAAAGAAGAAAGAUUGGAAGACUUUGAAAGCAAUAGUGAUUUUACACUGGAAGAAACACAAAACAACAGCAGUGACAUUAACAUAGGAUGUGAUCAAAUUUAUAAAGCUGAGCAAGAUUUAUCUACAAUCAACUACGCAAAUAUUAAACUUGAAAAACAAUUAAAUACAGAAUUAGUUAUCAAAGAUGAAAGUGUUUUAGAACCAGAACGGGAACAUACCAUGGAUAAACCAUUUGCAUGUAAUCUUUGUAAUCAAACAUUUAAUCAACUUAGUGCUUUAAGUAAACAUCUGCGGACUCAUAAAGGUGACAAAUCAUUAUCCUGUGAUACGAGAAGAUUAGAAGAAAAACCAUUUUCAUGCGAUAUUUGUAAUAAAAAAUUUGCCCAACUAGGUAAUUUAGUUAAUCAUAAAAGGAUUCAUUGUGAAGAGAAACCAUUUUCAUGUAAAAUUUGUAAUAAAACAUUUACUCAACGGAGUAGUUUAUCUCGCCAUAAACGAAUUCAUUCAGAAGAAAAACCACAUGUCUGUGAUAUUUGUAAUAAAAAAUUUAAUCUAAUCGGUAAUCUAAAUCAACAUAAACGGAUUCAUACACACGAAAGACCAUUUUCUUGUGAUAUUUGUGAUAGAACAUUUUAUCAACAGUGUGAUUUAGUUAAACAUCAACGAAUUCAUAGCGAAGACAAACCAUUUUCAUGUGAUACCUGUAAGAAAACAUUUAAUCAACAAAGUAAUUUAUCUCGACAUAAACGUAUUCACAGCGAAGAAAAACCAUAUGAAUGUGAUAUUUGUAAUAAAGCAUUUAAUCAACUUGGUAAUUUAAAUCACCAUAAACUGAUGCAUACACGAGAAAAGCCAUAUUCUUGUGAUAUUUGCACAAGAACAUUUUAUCAAGAAUGUGAUUUAGUUAAACAUCAACGAGUUCAUGAUGAAGAAAAAUCAUAUUCUUGUGAUAUGUGUAAUAAAUCGUUUAAUUCAUCAAGUUAUUUAAUUAGACAUAAACUGAUUACUUAG